AUAUCAUUAUCAUGCCCUUUUGAUAACUAUCCUUGGCUGAUGUUGGGCAGGACAGAGCAAUAUGGACUGAAAAACCGACACAUUUAAAAGUUGAAAUUAUCUGUGAAGUAAUUCUCUAUUGGUGGAUCUCAUCACAUACACAAGAAAAUAAUAACAAUAAAGUGAGAGAUUUUGGUUGAAGGAAAGCGAGAUUGGGAAUAAUUCUUCCUGUAGCAGACUAACUGCUAAGGACCCUGUCCCAGUCCUAAGAAGCCCAGGGAAUUCUCUUUUCUGUUGUUCUGCCUGUGUUAGUGGUGAAAAGUAAAGAGUAAUUCAAAUCAUUCUGGCUGUGAGUACUUGAAAACAAGAAAUAACAAGUCUUGCCUGAAGAACAGCUAUCUUCUUCUAUGUAUAUCAAAUAUCAUGUAAAACAAACUAGGAAGUGGCUAAUACUAAGCAUGACCCAAAGCCACAGCUGAAGUUGCGUACAGCUAAAGCAAACAUCAUGGUUUAGUUUUUCAUAUUUAUAUGAUUGCAAAGCCUUUUACAAACUUGACAUUCUAUACAGCCAGUUGGGUCUUGAUAAAAUUAAAUGGCCAUGAACUUUAAGCAUUGACUAGUUGUAUGAAAUUGAAAUUAGUAUAACAUCACUGCAAUUACAUAUUUCCAAAACAUAUUGUUUAUGAAAAUGUCUUUAUUUGUAAGAGGGGUAUUUCUAUGAAUAUGUUCAGGACCACUGUGUGUUUAUGCAUUAUUUUACUAUCAUUUUGCAUAGUGUGACUGUGAAUGUUCAGUUUAUAUAGCAUAGCAGGAAGGAAGAGUUAGUUGCGUGAUCAGUUCAUGUGAAAUCAUUAGCAUCUGCAAAUUAGGAAAUUUGAGGAAGUUCAAAAGCUGUAGGGGAAAUGAUAAUCUGACUUUCUGGCUUGCAGAAUUUGCUGUAAAGUAGUGGUGUACUGUUUAAAAACUGACAGAUCUAAACACGUGCAAGCUUAAGUGCCUUUGCUGCUCUGAUCCAAAAUCAAACAAAAUAGAGGAGGAGGGUUUUUCCACGAGGAGGCUUCACUGUAUCUUUACAGAGAAGAAAAGAUGUUUGAUGCUCUUGGACUCACGUGCAUGAUUUGUUGGUGUAUGAUGCUAUUUUGUCCUUCGCAUGCUGACCUCCAGUGUAUGGGAUCAGGGACACAAGAAUCACCUAUCUCAGACUUGACACUGAAUCGAAGAAGAAUGGAGCUGUCCUGGCAAAGCAGCAAGAACUUCUCCAGUUACACCUGUAUCAUGACCACAAACUUUGGACACAGAGAGAUGAAGCCAAAGAGCAGAUCGUGCAGGUUUGAAGUGGAAGAUGGCAUGCCUCUGUACAGAGGAGCAGUCGUUACCAUUACAGUACCAAAGACAAACAUCUCAAAAAUUUGCCCCUUUAUCCCUGAAGGCAUUAAUGGGUCAGCCAUUGAGAACUUCUCCUGUGUGAUUUAUAACAUCUCCUUCAUGAACUGCACUUGGCAGGCAGGCAGGAAUGCUCCAAGAGAUACCCAAUAUUUUCUCUACUGGCAGAACUCGAGAGAUGAUGAUGAGACAGAAUGUGAGCUUUACAUUAAAGAUGAAAAUGACAGAAACAUGGGAUGUAAAUUCCAAAAUGUGACCAUUAGAGACAAAACUACUUAUUUCCUGGUGAAUGGAUCCCACAAAGCCUUCCUGAUCCAGUUCUUUGAUAACUACACAAAACUAUAUACAAUUGAAAGACUCCCUCCUCCAUUGAAUGUCACUGCCAACUGUACUAGCAAUCCAGAAGGUUGCAUAAUUACAUGGCAACAACCCCUUCUAAGUCGUGUGGAAAACGCAGACUGUUUUCAGUAUGAAAUUAACAUACAAAAGAAGGAUGAGACCCCAAAAGAGAAAAGGGAUCCUCCUGUAAUCGUAACUGAACACAAAUAUGAAUUCAAAAGUUACAACCCAAAAAAAAAAAGCAUUCUGAAAGUCAGAGCACGUGGAAAAAGAAGAUGUUCUGUGAGCAGAAACUGGGGGGAAUGGAGUGACCCUAUAGAGUUUGGCGAAGAGAAAGAUUACUUUAUUUUUGUGAUUUUACUUCUGAUAGCACUCGGAACAAUCCUAGUGACGCUGCUCCAUUAUUAUCUUUGCAAGAGGUAUUGCAGUUUAAAAAGAAUAUUUCCUCCGAUCCCACAACCAAGAGACAAGUUUGAUUUGCCAGCUGAGGAAGAUAUCCAGAGAGAGAACGUGCUUCUACCCCCAAGAAGUUGUACUGAGGAAAUAACCAUGGUUGAAGAGACAACCUAACAUUCCAGAAAGAAAACUGAUUUGGAUUCACACGAAAUCACACAUCCUCCUAAUCAUUUCCAGUUAUUUCUAUUGCAUGGACUAGAAAUGAGCAUCACUUACGAAACUACCCCCCCUGCCCACCCCUAAAAAACCCCUAAAAAAAAAAAAACCCUGCAAAGAAAAGUGGCCGUUCUUUUCUGUUUGUCCAGAAAUAGCACCUGGCAACCAAGCUCCUCCAAAAACAUGUGUUGUGAAGAUCUGCUUAAAAGUUGCUGAGAUUCUCUUCACCAUCUAAGACAAGGCCAUUCGACAACACAGCAGAAAUGGGAUCUAAUUUCUUCUGUUCAUCACUGGAAAAUUAAGAGCAGUGCUACAGGAAAUCAUUAAAACACUAUUUCCCCAACUUACCACUUUUAUAUACUCCAAGAACUUUCUGGAGCAGAAGGUAGCUUAAAACUGCCCUUCCAACUUGCAACCCCAAUACUAAACUUUUAACAUAUUCAAUGAACCUUAAGCAAAACAAAAAAAAAAAAAAAGAAGAAAAAAAAAGGACAAAUCUUGCUAAAAAUAACCGAGUGGGCUGCCAGUCAGUCGUUAAUGAGCUCAGCAUCUCCAGCAUCAUAGAAUCAUAGAGUGGCCUGGGUCGAAAAGGACCUCAAAAAUGAUCCAGUUUCAAAGCCCUGAGUGCAGGGUUGCCAGCCACUAGACCAGGCUGCCCAGAGGCACGUCCAGCCUGGCCUUGAAUGCCUCCAGGGAUGGGGCAUCCACAACAUCCUUGGGCAACCUGUGCCAGUGCAUCACCACCCUGUGUGUGAAAAACUUCCUCCUAGAACUUCCUCCACAUCCAUGUGGAUCUCUGCAAUAGCAAUAAGAAUUUCAAUGACAUAGGUAAAGUUGUCAAAUAAAUCCAGCGUAACAAGA